AUGCUCCCUCCAUUCUGUCUUCUCCAGGGAGCCCCAUUUCGGAAGCCGACUGCCCCCGGGGUCUUCCCAGGGCACUGGGGGGGGCCGAGGCCGAGGCCAACCAUGGCCAGCCUCCUGCUGCUAGCCGCCGCUCUGCUGUCCAGCUGGGCCCAGCUUCCGGCCGAAGCCAGCUCCUGGUGGUCAUUAGCUAUGAGCCCGGUGCAGAGACCCGAGAUGUUUAUCAUCGGUGCCCAGCCCGUGUGCAGCCAGCUUCCUGGGCUUUCCCCUGGCCAGAGGAAGCUGUGCCAACUGUACCAGGAACACAUGGCCUACAUCGGGGAGGGAGCCAAGACGGGCAUCCAGGAGUGCCAGUACCAGUUUCGCCAGCGGCGGUGGAACUGUAGCACGGUGGACAACGCGUCCGUCUUCGGCAGAGUCAUGCAGAUAGGAAGCCGGGAGACCGCCUUCACGUACGCAGUGAGCGCCGCGGGGGUGGUGAACGCCAUCAGCCGGGCCUGCAGGGAGGGUGAGCUCUCCACGUGCGGCUGCAGCCGGACAGCGCGGCCCAAGGACCUCCCCCGGGACUGGCUGUGGGGCGGCUGCGGGGACAAUGUGGAGUACGGCUACCGCUUUGCCAAGGAGUUCGUGGAUGCCCGCGAGCGGGAGAAGAACUUUGCCAAGGGGUCGGAGGAGCAGGGCCGAGUGCUCAUGAACCUGCAGAACAACGAGGCGGGGCGGAGGGCUGUGUACAAGAUGGCGGACGUGGCCUGCAAAUGCCACGGCGUCUCGGGGUCCUGCAGCCUCAAGACGUGCUGGCUGCAGCUGGCCGAGUUCCGCAAGGUGGGGGACCAGCUGAAGGAGAAGUACGACAGCGCGGCCGCCAUGCGCAUCACCCGCAAGGGCAAGCUGGAGCUGGUCAACAGCCGCUUCAACCAGCCCACCCCGGAGGACCUGGUCUACGUGGACCCCAGCCCGGACUACUGCCUGCGCAACGAGACCACGGGCUCGCUGGGCACGCAGGGCCGCCUGUGCAACAAGACGUCGGAGGGCAUGGACGGCUGCGAGCUCAUGUGCUGCGGCCGCGGCUACGACCAGUUCAAGAGCGUGCAGGUGGAGCGCUGCCACUGCAAGUUCCACUGGUGCUGCUACGUCAAGUGCAGGAAGUGCACGCAGAUCGUCGACCAGUACGUCUGUAAAUAGCCAGCGGGGGGCGCUCUUCCAGCCGCUUCUCCACUCUGCCUCACAAAGUUUAUAUUAUAUAAAUCUAUAUAAAUCUAUUUUAUAUUUGUAUAAAUAAAGGGAUGGAUGAUAAAUAAUUAAAAGAAGAAAAUGGAAAGGAAAAGCUUAUUUAAGAGACGCUGCUGGAGAUGUUUGAGGAUUGCACUGUGCCGGGGCGGGGCGGGGGGCAGGGGCUUUCCCCCCUCCCUCAGGACGUCGGGACUUGGGGCUAGUCGCUGUCUAUCCACCGUGGCCUUGAGGAGUGGCGGGUAGAUGGAGAAGAUGAUUUUGUCUGGAGUCUGCCGGCUGGAUGACCGCCCUGUGACCCCCGUCAUUAGGCCAGGAGGCCUGCGCAAGGUGGCAGGAACUGCACUUACACCAUCCCGUCUUCAGGGUCUUGUCCAGAAUACGGGUUGGUUCCGGAAGAGGCCCGGUAUUUUCUUCCCCUUUCACUCGUGUGCAUCCCGGCAGAACCCACAGUUACAGGAAUGAGCAGAGGUCCGAUGUCAUCUCUGACAGGUGACCACACAGAGGGACCCGCGCCUCCCCAGACUCCCAGGCCUAUCUGUCCAGCGAGAAUGUCUGUCCCUCCACAGUUCACUAGGUCCUGCCAACGGUUCCCUGAACCGAGGGGAAAGGGGGUCAACUGGCCUGACAUGUUAGGAGAGAGAUGAACUGAAUGUUUGUGCCGGAGCCGUCGUCGAGAGCCAGGAGCGUCCCUGGAGCGAGUGAACGUUGCACUGUGCUCCCAUAGGGAGAGGAAACGGGGUGCUGCUGCUGUCACUUCCUCCACCACGGGGCCCCCCUGAGCGACAGGAGGUGCGGCCAGCUCAGGCUCAGCUGGCCUGGCACGCCCUUUCCAUCUCUGCCCCGGAUGUACAGUGUCUCUCUGACAUUAAAUACCCUUCACUGGA